AUCAGAGCAGCCGCCAGAGAGAGGGCGAUAGAGUCCACUUUCCUCCAACUGCCCUGGGUCUCCCUCCCUCGAUCUCUCCUCUUCAGCAACACCAAGAGCCUCAAACUGAACCCAGAGCAGCUUUUUCCAUCAAUUCAGUUCCCUUCCCUUCCUCUGUCUCACACACGGCAAGGAGAGAGCCCCUUCCUCCCCUUGAUUUUCCUUCGCAUGCUCAGCCCCUUGUUUCCUUUAAAGCACUAGAAAUCCCCCUUCUUGCCCCCGCUCCUCCCUGCACACUGGGAUUGCAAUGGGAGCUUUGCAGAUUGCUGGAUUUUCCAUCCUUUUCUUUCUCCUCCACUCUGGAAACACGCUGGCAAAUAAAGCCAGUCAAGAUGUUGACGAGUGCGUGGAAGGCACCGACAACUGCCACAUCGAUGCCAUCUGCCAGAACACCCCCAAGUCCUACAAGUGCAUCUGCAAGUCCGGCUACACUGGGGAUGGGAAGCACUGCAAAGAUGUUGACGAGUGCGAGCGGGAAGACAACGCGGGCUGCGUGCAUGAGUGCGUGAACAUCCCCGGCAACUACCGCUGCACCUGCUACGAUGGCUUCCGCCUGGCACACGAUGGCCACAACUGCUUAGACCUGGAUGAGUGCUCAGAGGGCAACGGCGGCUGCCAGCAGACCUGUGUCAACAUGAUGGGCAGCUACGAGUGCUUCUGCCGGGAGGGUUUCUUCCUCAGUGACAACCAGCACACCUGCAUCCAGCGCCCUGAAGAAGGUAUGAACUGCAUGAACAAGAACCAUGGCUGUGCCCACAUCUGCCGAGAGACCCCCAAAGGGGGCAUCGCCUGUGAGUGCCGCCCUGGCUUUGAGCUCACCAAGAACCAGCGUGACUGCAAACUGACCUGCAACUACGGGAACGGGGGCUGCCAGCACACCUGCGAUGACACCGAGCAGGGGCCCAAGUGUGGCUGCCACGUCAAAUUCCUGCUGCACUCAGACGGGGUGACGUGCAUAGGGGAGAGACACUUCCAGCAACACGUUAUCCUUGAGACGUUUUCUAAUGAGACAUGUGCUGUGAACAAUGGGGGCUGUGACAGCAAGUGUCACGACGCGGCCACCGGCGUCCACUGCAGCUGCCCCAUGGGCUUCAUGCUCCAGCCCGACAGGAAGACGUGCAAAGACAUUGACGAGUGCCGGCUCAACAACGGUGGCUGUGACCACAUCUGCAGGAACACGGUGGGCAGCUUCGAGUGCAGCUGCAAGAAGGGCUACAAGCUGCUCAUAAAUGAGAGGAACUGCCAAGACAUCGAUGAGUGCUCCUUUGACCGGACCUGCGACCAUCUCUGCAUCAACACCCCCGGCAGCUUCCAGUGCCUCUGCCACAAGGGCUACACGCUCUACGGGCUCACCCACUGCGGAGACAUCGAUGAGUGCAGCAUCAACCGGGGUGGCUGCAAAUUCGGCUGCAUCAACACUCCUGGCAGCUACCAGUGUACCUGUCCUGCUGGCUGCAAGCUGCAUUGGAACAAGAAGGACUGUGUGGCUGGUGCAUGUCCCUUGGAGCUGGUGAAGUGCCUGCCAGGUUUGGUGCCACCACGGGCCACCCUCACCUGCAAUAAGAUGGGCAAGAAGGACAGCUGUGCCCUUUCCUGCACCUCCAAGGCCCUAUUCCUGCCAGAGUCUGACAGCAGCUACACGGUGAGCUGUGGGACCCCCAUCCUGCGGCAGGGCGGCCAGCACAGACCCACCAACAGCAGCCAGCAGUGCCUUGAGACUGUGGCUGCACCGGUCAAGCAGAAAACCUCCUUCAAGAUCAAGGAUGCCAAGUGCCACCUGCACCCGCGGACCAAGGGCAAGCAGGAGGAGGCCGGGAAGGCACAAGGUGGCUCGGCACCAUGCUCUGACUGCCAGGUCACCUUUGUCAACCUCAAGUGUGACUCAUCCAAGAAGGGGAAGGGGCGCCGGGCUCGCAACUCCCCCAGCAAAGAGGUGACACGCAUCACACUGGAGUUUGAGGCAGAGAUCAAGCCUGAGGAGAUCACAGCCAGCUGCAACCUGCACUGCCUGCGACAGAGAGUGGAGAAAAAGCUCAAGUCGGCCAUCAAAGCCUUGAAGAAAUCCAUCAAUCAGGAGCGGUUCCUGCUGCGCUUCUCAGGGAUGGAGUACGAGGUGGCCCGGAAGCUGAGCGUGGCCCCGGAGCGGCAGGAGAGCUGUGGGCCGGGCCAGCAGCGCCUGGCCAGCAAGUGUGUCAGCUGCUCGCAGGGAACCUAUUACCACGGGCAAAUGGAGCAGUGUGUACCCUGCCCCCCCGGCACCUACCAGGAGAAGGAGGGGCAGCUGUCCUGUGACCUGUGUCCCCGCGGUGACACCUUUGGACCCAUAGGAGCCACCAACAUCACUGGCUGCACCGGUCAGUGUCCCCCUGGCCAGCACUCUGCCGAUGGCUUCAAGCCCUGCCAGCCGUGUCCCCGUGGGUCCUACCAGCCUGAGGUGGGACGGGCGCUCUGCUUCCCCUGCGGUGGGGGGCUGACCACCCGUCACGAGGGAGCCCUCUCCUUCCAGGACUGUGACACCAAAGUGCAGUGCUCCCCUGGGCACUACUACAACACGAGCGUCCACCGCUGCAUCCGCUGCACCGUGGGCACCUACCAGCCCGAUUUCCGGCAGAAUUACUGCAUCUCCUGCCCUGGCAACACCACCACCGACUUCGAUGGCUCCACCUCUGUGUCCCAGUGCAAAAACCGGCAGUGUGGAGGGGAGCUGGGUGAGUACACAGGCUACAUCGAGUCCCCCAACUACCCGGGGAAUUACCCCGCCAACAUCGAGUGCACCUGGAACAUCAAUCCCCCACCCAAGCGCAAGAUCCUCAUCGUGGUGCCAGAGAUCUUCCUCCCCUCCGAGGACGAGUGUGGCGACGUGUUGGUCAUGCGGAAAAACUCCUCCCCAUCCUCUAUCACCACCUACGAGACCUGCCAGACCUACGAGAGACCCAUCGCCUUCACCGCCCGCUCCCGCAAGCUCUGGAUCAACUUCAAAACCAGUGAAGCCAACAGUGCUCGGGGCUUCCAGAUCCCCUAUGUCACUUACGACGAGGACUAUGAGCAGCUGGUGGAGGACAUCGUGCGGGAUGGAAGACUCUACGCCUCUGAGAACCACCAGGAGAUCCUCAAGGACAAGAAGCUCAUCAAAGCUUUCUUCGACGUGCUGGCACACCCCCAGAACUACUUCAAGUACACAGAGAAGCACAAGGAAAUGCUGCCCCGCUCCUUCAUUAAACUCCUGCGCUCCAAAGUCUCCAGCUUCCUCCGACCUUACAAAUAGCCCCCUGUGCCCCGCCGCCCCGGGCCGCCUCGCAGCCAAGGAAACACUCUUCUCCCUUCCUUCUCCUUUAUGAUUUUUCCUUCCUCCGCCUGGCUCCGGCAGGAUCGCCACCGCUCAUCCCGCAGACUUCCCCCCACUAUUUCUCCGCCGCUCCCUGUAGAGCUGCGCUCCCAGCCGGGGGCACGCUCCGGUCUCACCCAGCGGCGGUGAAGCCGCUCCCCUCUUCCGAAGCAGCUUCUUUUGGAAGGUUUUAGGAAACUGAAGUAGUGGUUCUUUCGCUGUCCCGUGUCCUUCCUUUGGUUUCCUUUACGCCAGGUCUGCCCCCGUUCCCUGGUGCUAUCAUCAGCCCAGGACAGUGGGGUGGGUCCUUGUCUUGCAGCCCCCGGGCUGGCUCCGGCCCCGCAGAGGAGCGCAGGAGCUGACACCGUGUCCACCGCAGAGCCGGGCCCCGGCUACCGGCGCCGCUUUGCAGAGGUCGAGGGGAAGAGAACUGACAAAGCCGACUUGAUUAAAAAGGAAGUGCAAAGGAGUGAUGGCAAAGCCCACCAGCGCGGCACCGUGGUGGCUCUGUCCCGCUGGAGAGCAGUGCUGGUGCUGGGAGGGAAGCGCAGCCAAGCCACGUUCCCGGAGAACAAUGUCUGGCUGCACGGGAGAAAACAGGGAGCAAAGGAGAAGGACUUUCAGCCGGGUUCGACUUUUUUUUCCU